AUGAGUCGAAGUGGAUUCGAUGAACCAUGGUUUGCCCGGACGACACCCACGGUGCGUCCGGAUACACCGGGUGGGCAAGCGAGCCCGUUCUUGGCCGCACGGGCGCCGUUCCUGAAGGUGGAUGACGAGGUGCAGGCCAACGUAGCACAGCAAGGACAGGUGCAGCAGCCGUUGUCACAGCCCCAAACCCAGCAGAUCUUGCAGCUGUACAACUGCUUCAUGGUUUCCCUCAAGGGGAACAAGUCGACGGCGCCCAAUCAGGACAGGGCAUCCAUCGUGAACUUUGGAAAGGUCGAGCUGCUCACUCUUUGUGACGGUCACGGAGAGGUGGGCCAUGACGUUGCCGAAGUCUGUUGCGAGGUCUUGCCCAAGCUGCUGUUGCAGCACGUGGCGCGGGUGGAGAGCGGAAUGUCACCAGGAGUCCCAAACGCAGCGAGAAACCCUCAAGAGGCAGCGGCUGCUCUCAGCGAUGUGUGGUGCGAGGCAGCUGUUCAAACAUUUCUCGAGAUGCACAGGCUCACUGAGGCUUUAACUGCUUUGUCAUUGGACGGAGAGGCCGGAAAGGCGGUUUCCUUCGAUGCGCGUUGUAGUGGUGCGACGGCCACAACGUUGGUGCUCUCCAACGACAGGAUCUUUGUGGCCCAUGUGGGAGACUCCCGUGCGGUUCUGGGCUUCCAUCCACCCGGAGGGCAGUGGAUGGUCAGAGAGCUAACCAGGGACCACAAACCCGAACUUCCCGAAGAAAGGAGUCGAAUUGAAAGAACCGGGGCGCAGGUCAUCUCGGUUGGGCAGCAGCCCAAUGUCACUUGCCGGGUUUACAGCCACCAGCAGGCCUGGCCUUCCAUCAACAUGUCGCGAUCUCUUGGGGAUCUGCAUGCACAUUCCCAGGGCUUGAUCGCGGAGCCUGAGGUGAAUUUGAUUGAGCGCUCAUGGGAUGCUUCCUCUCGAGCGGUCGUCAUCGUUGCUUCCGACGGGCUUUUGGAUGUCAUCGACAGCUUCACAGCGGUCACAAUGGCCUGGGAGUCCUUUGAGAAAGGUACUGAUCCCGGCCACGUCUUGUCACAGGAGGCUUAUGCUCGGUGGGGACGCAGAGGGUUGCAGGCUGGAUACUCAGAUGAUAUCUCAAUCAUUGUCCGAAUCUUGUAA